GCAGUCAGACCCAGACCCACACAUUCAUAUGGAGAUGUGGGACUAUAAAUAGGAGGGAUGAAGCCAGCAGAGAUCAGAUUCUCUCUACAGAGACCUCUACAGCACAGAGAUCCAGACAUGGCACCUACAACCACUGCAGCAAUGACCAGUUCUCAGGAGCAUCUCACUCUGACCCACAAGCUCAGAAAGCCUGUGGUGGAGAAGUUACGCAGAGAGAGAAUCAACAGCAGCAUUGAGCAGCUCAAGUCUCUGCUGGGUCCAGAGUUCCUCAAACAGCAGCCAGACAACAAGCUGGAGAAAGCAGACAUCCUGGAGAUGACCGUUUGUGUGCUCAGACGACUGCAGCAGCAGCAGCAUCAAGCUGUGGACUCAGCAGCCGUCAAUCAGGGCUACUCCAGGUGUGUCCAAGAGGUGACACACUUCCUGUCCAAAGAGCAGGUGAAGACACAGUCCCAGAGAAGACUGCUGAACCACUUCAACAAGCUGCAGGCUUCCUCUGAGAAGAACCUGAGAGAGGCUGACUUCUCUCUUCUGAGCUCCACAGUCCAGACCAGCAUCACCAAAGAGAAGAGUGCAGUCAACAGCGCCCCCUGGAGGCCGUGGUAGAGACCUACACACCAGAGUUACUACCAGACAAACUGAGA